GACCCUGUGGACGAGAUGCAGAAGAUGGCAGAGCUGCUGGGGCUCGGAGACGAGUGUGGGGAGGGGGCUUCGGGGGCUCCUGCGCUCACUGGCUCCUGCCUCGCAGACAACAGGCUGAACCUGGAUGUUUAUCCUGAUGGCUGCCGCCGGUUCCUCCAGCUGUUCGAGGGGCGACGGGGAGAGGUGGUCCAGGUGGAGUUCCUCCGGCUCAGCAGCAACGAUCGCCUCCUUGGCACUACACUGGGCAUCCUUCCUCAUCUGAAGCACCUGAAAUCCCUGGUGCUCAAAGGUGGCCAUGCCAGGGAUGAGUUUGGUUCGUGUCAGCAUGGCUCGCUGACAAGCUUGCCACCAGACAUUGGGAACCUGAGGUGUCUCACCCACCUGGAUCUCAGCUUCAACAGCCUCUCCACCUUGCCCAGCUGCAUCCUCCACCUCCCCAGCCUCCGCGUACUCCUGGUGAGCCACAACAGCCUGGUGGCACUCCCUGAGGACUUCGGCUCUCUGAGCAAGUUGACUUUCUUCUCUGCUAUGAAAAAUCAGCUGAAGGACUUACCUCAGAGCAUUGGGGAGCUGGCAGUGCUGCAGGAUCUGGAUCUCUCAGAAAAUGCUUUGGAAUUCCUCCCUGAAGAAGUUGGGAAUCUGCACAACUGCACAGAGCUGGAUCUCUCUGGGAAUCGCUUAUCGAGCAUCCCAGACUCCUUAGCCAAUUUGAAGUCUCUGCAGCGGCUGCAUCUCCACAGCAAUCUCCUGGUGACAGUCCCUGCCUCGCUUGCCAGCCUGCCCAACUUGUCCAGACUUGAUCUGCAGAACAAUUGCCUCCGUGCUGUCCCCUCCGAGAUCCAAACCUCGCCAUUCGUGCACCUCCGAGGCAAUCCCUUAGGAGAAACUGAGCCAUCCCUGAAGGCUGAUGAAUCCAGUGCUGGACGGCUACGAAGACUCUUCCUUGCAUCAGGAGAGGACAGCUUUACUGUCACCUCUGAAGGCUGCAAAGUGGUCCUGGCCUGUGGCAUCCAUUUCUAUUUUCCACCGGGGGCUGCCUCUGACCCUCUGCGGAUCUACUUCCGAACCCUUGCACCGGACCCUCAGUGGGUAAAGCUGAGACACCAUGAUGUCCUGCUAAGUAGAGUCCUGGAGCUGCAGCCUCAUGGGGUCAAAUUCCAGCAGGAGGUGCAGAUCUGGAUGCCAUAUGCCUCCCCUCAAACCCUUCAUCAGCGUGAGGUGGUAGUUCGGACCUUCAGUGGGCAGAGCUGGAGUGAUCUGAGAACAAGAGUGGAGCAGAAGAGGAAAUCAAAGAAGCAUGCGGCUCACUGUAGUGUCCUUCACUUCUCUUGGUUCCUCGUUGUGUCUCGACUUGUGCAAAAUGAAUGCGAAGUGCCAACAGAGGGGACAUUGCUCUUUUCCAGUGUGGAUCCAAACAUCAAAGUGACCUUUCCUCCUGGAGUCACUGAAGAGACUCGCAGUGUCAAGCUGCAGGUGCUGCCAGUCUCUGCAGAAGAGAUAGAGGAAAUCACGGCUGAUGCAGGGUGCAGAGCCAGUCCCCUGCUCUGCCUCUCCCAGGACUCGCUGGUGGAUUUUCUCAGGCCAGUGAGAAUUCAGCUGCCCCUCCCGCCUGGGGUCACAGGGCUAAAUUUGGAUCGGUCAAGGCUGCAUCUUCUCCAUGGCGACCUGGAGGGCCACACCUGGGAUGACAUUACCAGUCAGGUGGUGCUGGAAUUUACCCAUCUUUAUGCAGUGUUUGAAGUCACCCACUUCUCCUGGUACUGGCUGUGGUACACCACCAAGACCUACAUUGGAGGCAUUGCCAAGAAAGUCUAUGAGCGGCUGCGUAUGUACCAGGUGAACUUCAUUGCUCUGCAGAGGAAGAAGGACCCCGAGCAAGUCCUGCUACAGUGUGUCCCCAAGCACAAGGUUGACCCAGUUCUGAAGAAGCUGCAGGACCGCUAUCGAGGACCUGAGCCAUCUGACAUGGUGGAGAUGUUUGAGGGAGAGCAAUUUUUUGCAGCUUUUGAGCGAGGCAUCAGCAUCGAUAUGGAUCGCCCUGACUGUGUGGAUGGACGUCUCUCGUUUAUUUUUUACUCCCACUUGAAGAACAUGAAGGAAAUCUAUGUGACCUCCCCUGUAGACAGGAAAGGCCAAGCUGUAAAAGGCCAGGUCUCUUUCUACCGAGGGGCAGUUCCCGAGAGCAUCCCUGAAGAUGCCAGCAGGAGGAGGAAAGGACCAGACUCCCUCUGGCUCGCGACUCUGCCCAUCAAACUGCCUAGAUUGAAACCCCGCUGGGGUGAGAACUCUGGUCCCCUGAAGGGCUUCUCCUUCCCUCCCUUGAACCUGGGCAACGCUGAGACUGGCUACCUGACGCAGGCAAACCUGCUGAGCAUUGCCAGGCGUGUGGGAGCUGACUGGCAGACCAUCGGCCUGAACCUGGGCUUGACCUAUCAGCAGAUUGAGCGCAUAGAAUACAAUAACAGAGAGGACCUUGAUAAGCAGAUCCUGGACAUGCUUUUCUCAUGGGCUCAGCAAAACUCGGAGGAUCCUGAAUGUGUGAGCAAGUUGAUUACAGCCCUGAAAGAGAGUGGCCGCCAGGACAUCACUGAUGAGGUCGAAACCAUCAUUGAGCUGGGACGGCAGAAAUACAGGGAGUCCAUCCGCCGGGUGGGCUUGGAGCAGGAGAGCAGCACUGAGGACUCUGCAAUAGCUAUGAUGUAGCACCUAGCAGAAAGAACUGGGUUUUGUAUGGGGUCCCUCUGUGCACCUGGAGUAACAAUGUCUUGGGGCUCCUCCCACCUCAAGGGCCAGUGUCUUCCUGAGGAGCUGGAUGUUGAUUUACUUGUGAGCACACUACUGAGCUCUCUUGGGUCCAUACUCACAUGCCACUUCUGCCAAUCCCAGGCAGUUUAGAGUGCAUUUAUGAGCCUUUUCUGUACUUCCACUUCUUGACCUUGAGCUUUAGAUUUCAGAAACAUGGACAAAUUCAGAGACUAAAGUGUCUGUCCGUUGAGUAGUGGCUAAAGUAGCCUUUAAUGAAUUAAUACAUUUAUGAGCCUUUUCUGUACUUCCGCUUCUUGAUCUUGAGCUUUAGAUUUCAGAAACAUGGACAAAUUCACAGACUGAAGUGUCUGUCAGUUGAGUAGUGGCUAAA